AUGAAUACAUCAUCAGAUGACAUUAGUAAUAUUCUUCUCGUUGUACCAUAUCAAUUAAAUAUUUGGUUUGGUUCAUUUCUUUGGAUAACAGGAAAUAUCGGUUGUAUUGGUAAUAUGAUUGUACUUCGUUCGGAAAAAUUUCGUAAACAAGCCUAUUCAAUUUAUUUAUUUUCAUCAGCAAUAAGUGAUUUUCAUUAUUUUAAUUUUGUAUUAUUAACACGAAUACUUCAAAAAGGUUUUCAAAUAUCUUUAAUAAAUCAUUAUAUUAUUAUUUGUAAACUUCGACAAUUCAGUACAUUAUGGGGUAAUGUUGUUUCAUUUAGUUUAUUUUCAUUUGCAAUUAUUGAUCGAUUUCUAUCAACACAUCGAUCAUAUACCUAUCGACAAUGGAGUAAUCGAAUUUAUAUAGCAUAUAAAAUGGUUAUUAUAAUUCCAUUAUUUUGGUUUUUACUUAUUGGUCAUCGAAUUAUUUUUUAUAGUAUACAAAAUGGAAUAUGUGGACCUCUAGAAGGUUUCUAUGAAUACUAUGAUAAUUAUUUUCAAGUUAUAUUUUCUUCUAUAUGUCCUGCACUUAUAAUGUCUAUAUUAGCUUAUUUUUUAAUAAAAAAUGUACAUACUAUUACACGACGAAAAACUCUACCUAUUAAUAAUAUAUCUUCAUGUAUUAAUCGAAAUAAUCCAAUAAUUAAUCAAAUAGAUAAACAAUUAACAAUAAUGUUAAUAUCAGAAUCUCUAAUUACUAUUCUAACAUAUAUUCCAUAUGCAAUUGAAUUAACUUAUUUAAAUAUUAGUCAAACAUGGUAUAAAACACCAUUACAAUUAGCAUGGGAAAAAAUAUUUGCUGAAUUAAUUGAUUUAAUUUCAUAUAUAUUCUUUGCAACAAGUUUUUAUGUAUCAAUUAUUUCAAAUAAUGGAUUUCGUCGAACAAUUAAAGAAAUAUUAUUAAUGAACUUUUUGUAUUUUUUAAUACAUUCUAUGAAGAAAAAAAUUGUUUAUAUUUAUGGUGAUAUGGAAACAAUAAUGCCAUUAGGUUUCGAAGUUAUGAAAUAUAAAAAUAAAAAUGAACAAGUUGAUUAUAUUGUUCAUGUUGGUGAUAUAGCUUAUUCUAUAAAUGACAGCAACUGUUAA